AAAGGGAGGAAGAGAGGGCCACAACGAGGAAGGGUGAAAGAAAAAAUACACCUUGCCCUCGCGGGACCCUCUGCCUUGUUGCCCGGUGACAAUCUCGCCAUGGCGCAUGCCCAGGAUUCCCAAGAGCCCCAUAAACGGAAACGGGACGCAGACGACGGCGGCGCUCAGCCAGCUCAUUCUGAUCGUAUUCCCCAGCCUCCUCCGCCUCAGUCAGGCAAUUCAUCCAUCAUCAACUACCUAUCCAAAGCCAACCCUGGCAGACUCAAGCUCAUCCAGGGAGAACCUGACACAUUCUGCGACGUCCUUGGUCUGUUGAACCAGUAUGAAGGAGUUCUCAAUAGACAUGAGAGUCUCGCAGCCAACUUGGGCGCCAAGCUCACAGGUCCCCGUCUUCUGAAAGCCAUGGAGGGAGCUUUUGAGGGUCCAAUCAUCACCAACCCACCACCUCCCUAUGGCGCGGCACCCGUGAGCUGGCUGGACAUCGUCACAUUUGCCAAGACGAAUCCCGAGAAAUUCGUUCUCACGACAGGGCACGACGGCGAGCGCACAUGCCAGUUUUAUCUGAACGGCAUACAGACCCAGAUCCUGGAAGACGAUUGGCGUCUCAUCAUUAACGGCGCCUUGGACAGGUUCUCCGUCGUGUCCACGGCUCCUCUGGAAGAGGAUGAGACGGCUGAAGUGGCGACACUGGAAAUCGUUGAGCAGCGUCUGCAAGUUCUCAUCAAGAAGGCCGAUGAAAUCGCCAAGAGGGCGCGGCAGCUGAACUACCACUUGAGCGGCCGCAGAGCCGGGAUCAACUCGCGCCAUGGCGGGCAGCAAGGAAGCAGCUCAGCCUUUCAGUCCGUCAACCACUCCAGAGGUCACGUCGCCCACGGAGCCGGGUACGACCUACACGCAGACCUGCUCCAGCAGUUUCUGUCAUCUUCUCAAGCCUACCCCCCUCGGGUCCCCUCCAGCGCCGGCCUCGAGCAGGCCCAUUCGACGGGCCAACACACACCACCCGCGACGAAUCCUCAUCCGCAUUCACUACCCUUGCAGCAGGGGCGCCCAGUCGUCGUGCAUGCGCCGCCGGUCAUACCACAGCGAGAUCCGUCGUACGAUCCAUCGUCGCCGCACCGGGCCAUCAUCACCGCGAGGAUAGAGAAGCUUAACAAGGGAGACCAAAUCUGGCCGCCGUGCGACCGCUGCCGCAGGCUCAAGUCGCCGUGCAUCAAGCACCUGACAGCCUGCCAGGGAUGCACCAAGAAGCAUGCCAAGUGCGGGUGGAAGACGAUUACCGAAGAGGAGAUUGCCUGGCUUAAUCGCGAGGCAAGCAGCAGCGCGGACGAAGCGCCGCACGUGGAACCGAGCCCGGCUCAGCCGGCGCCGGUGAGAACAUUACGAUACGACCCGACACAAGACGAUGGCCGGUCCCACGAACCACCGACAACCUCGUCUUCGUCAGCCAACCUCAUGCUGGGAGGAGACGUAUCUCGGCCGGCCAGCAGAGGUCAGCAGGACCAUCGCCAGCGGUCGCCAUUAGACCCCGGGUCUCGGAGUAGGACGGGCAGUUUCAUGGACGUGGAGCACGAACCACCCCCGCCGCUGAACCACAAGCCCUGGAUGCCGGAGCCACGCCCCGCGCCGCACCGCGGAGAGCAGCAGCAGCAGCAGCAACCUCAACAACAACAAUUGCCCAGUCUAAAGAGCGACCAUAUGCUACUCAGCCACAUGGCGUCGGCUGCGACUGCGGCAGCCGAUGCGCGGGACGCAACAUCGACGCCCGCGAGCAAUAUGGUUGGACGUUGA